AUGGGCUGCGCGGCGUCGAAAAUCACCACGCUCAACGCCGCCGAAAACUCCGACACCACGCUCGCAACCGCCGCCGAACUCGGCGUGGGCGAGACCAGGCUGGCGCUGUGGCGCAAGAACGGCGGUGGCGACCUAGAGCCGGUCCUCGCGAGCGGCGCCGUCGCCCUCCUCGACGCGCAGUGGGUCAUCAGCCACGCCGAGGCGGGCGGCGUCCUCACUCACCGCCAGGCGCUGCCCAAAGAGGCCUUCCUCUCCCUCGCCGACCUCGUCAAGGCAAUCAACUAUAGCAGAGUCUCAGUUCCCGUCAUUGGCCUUCCCGUCACCGUGCUCUCCUACCCGUGGCUGACCAAGGACCACCCCGACCCGCUCGGCACCAGCCUCAGCCGCGUCGCAAAGGCGCUCAAGGCCCUGUGCAGUGACGUCACCUACAUUUAUGGGCGGCUCGGCGUCUUUUGGGACUUUGGCUCGCUGCACCAGCACCCCGACCCCGCCAACGGCGUGAUGCGCACCGAGGAGCAGGACACGCUCUUCAAGCGAGGGCUGGGCUGCCUCGGCACGCUCUACUCCCACCCGGAGACACGCGUGCUGCGGCUGACCUCCUUCCCGGACGGCCACAAGACGGAGGACCAGGCCGACGGCACCAACGUGGCCGCGUACUUUGACCGAGGCUGGUGCUUCACCGAGAGCAGCUGGGCGAGCCUGACCAAGUCAGGCCGCCUCUCGCUCGACCUCGGCUUAAUGCGCGACGACGAGGAGUACAGCUGCGUCAGCCUCGUCGACGAGUGCACCAAGGGCGGCGGCCGGCGCCCUCCGCUGCUGCCGUCUCGGUUCGCGGCCGAGCUGGAGACGAAGAGCUUCACCAACGGCAAGGACGACAAGCCGCUCGUGACGCGGCUGUACGCGGCCGCCUUCGAGGAGCAGUUUGGCAAGGCGACCGGUCUGCGCUACGUCCGCCUCGGCUGGGGCGACGCGGAGGCGGCGCAGGUGGCGGAGGUCCUCGCGAGCGGGGCAGCGCCGGAUCUCAAGGAGCUUUAUCUCGGCUACAACCAGAUUGGCGUCGAUGGCUGCAAGGCGCUGGCCGCCGCCCUCGGCAAGGAGGGGGCAGCGCCGCGGCUCGAGGAGCUCUAUCUCAGCUACAACAAGAUUGGUGACGAGGGCUGCGAAGCACUGACCGCCGCCCUCAAGGAGGGGGCAGUGCCUCGGCUCAAGAUGCUCUAUCUCGAGGGCAACACCAUUGGCGAGAAGGGCUGCAAGGCGCUGGCUGCCGCUCUCGUAGAGGGGGCCGCCCCGAGCUUGAAGCCUCACCGGUCACCGCACCGCCCCUCUCGCGUGCAGACCCUGUUCGUGGGCAGCAAGCCGCCCGAACUGGUGGCUGUGUGCAAGGAGCGCGGGAUCUACCUCGAGCUCUACAUAGACGGUCGCCGGUGA